UUCAAGGGCCCCUGGGUGCGUGUGCGUGUGCGUGUGUGUGUGCGCGCGCGCUCGUGUUCCUUCGUGUGUGUUCCCGCUCGGGACUAAUCACUGCCUUGGUUCACCUGAGCAGGAAGUCAGCCCCGCGCUGAACCGCAGGUGGCUCCGCGGCCCCCCUCGACCGUUGGCUGCGGUCCCGAUACCAGCUAGGGGCUGGGGUGCGCGCAGGGGUGACGGAGGGAUUUGUGAAUGGUGCUGCUCUGCGCGUGGCGGCUGAGCCUUGCUGAUGUCAGGGAGGAGGUAUCCGGAGUGAGAAGAAUGGCUAUUUAUGGCAAAGAGUUGUGAAAUUUCUCGGGGUUUCCUUGAGUGUAUCCUGAGCGUCUCCCUCCUCCUCUACUCUCUGAGAAUGAGAAGCAACCCCCUCCUACCCGCCCCGUCUCGUGGGACCUCAUGUAUUUGCAGGCUUCGAAGUUGGAUAUCACAGUGCAAGCCUGGGGGUCCCAAUGGGGGACUCAGGAUCUAGAAGAUCUACCCUGGUUUCCCGGUUGCCAAUAUUCAGAAGGAGUAUUAGCAGAAGAAAUGAUUCUCUUCCUUCUUCACCCUCUUCUAGCAAUACAGUUGGUGUGCACAGUUCCUCUCCUUCCAGCACAAACUCAAGCUCAGGAAGCACAGGGAAACGCAGAAGCAUAUUCCGUGCUCCUUCCAUUAGUUUCCACCACAAGAAGGGGAGUGAACCUAAGCAAGAACCUGCCAACCAGAGCCUUAGUAUUUCAAAUGGUGCUCAACCUGGCCACAGCAACAUGCAGAAACUGAGUUUAGACGACCAUAUUAAAACCAGGGGAAGACAUUCUGUGGGUUUUAAUAGUUCACGAAAUAAGAAGAUAACAAGAUCUUUGACAGAGGAUUUUGAACGAGAAAAGGAGCACUCAACUAAUAAGAAUGUCUUUAUAAAUUGUCUAAGUUCUGGCAAAAGCGAAGGGGAUGAUUCGGGGUUUACGGAAGAACAGACUCGACGUUCUGUUAAGCAGUCAACCAGGAAGCUGCUCCCCAAGUCUUUUUCAUCACACUACAGAUUUUCUAAGCCGGUUCCACAGAGCCAAUCCGUUUCUUUGGUUCAGCAGCCUGAAUUCUCUUUGGAGAUUACGGAGUUCCAAGAGAGAGAACCUGUGUUAGGAAGAGCGUCUCCAUCUUGUUCUUUGGAUGUCACAGAACAGGCAGGAAGCUCUUUACAGUCUCCUUUGCUUUCUGCUGAUCUCACCACAGCUCAGACACCUUCAGAAUUUUUGGCCUUGACUGAAGAUUCCGUGUCUGAAGUGGACGUAUUUCCUAAAAGUGGAAGCCUGGCAUCCCACUGUGACAACUCUGACCACAAUGAGUCUACCUCUCAGUUCUCUCCCAAUCCCGCUGCUGUUACAAAGACAGCAGUAGAACUCACGGGAACAGUUCCCUGUGCGAGUUUGUCUCCUGGGAAAUACAGGUUAGAGGGUCGGUGUGGCAUUGAAUCUCAGUCGUUACCUGAAACCUCUGCUGCUAGUCAGAAAGAAGUGUUAUUGCAGGUCACUGAACUGCGCGGUAGGAAUGUGAGCAACUCAGAGACUCGUCUACCCGCAGAUACGCUUAGAGAGGACAAUAUGGUGUUACACAAUGGGGAGGCAAUGCUGGGCACAAGCUCCCCAAGGAAACGGGGCUUCUAUGAGCAACAUAAAGCAAUAGCUGAACGUGUUAAAGGGAUCCAUCCUAUUUCCGAUUCAAAGAUAAUACCCUCCUCUGGUGAUCAUCAUAUUUUUAACAAAACGUCAUAUGGAUAUGAAGCAAAUACUGCCAAAGUUCUUGCCAGCAGCCUCAGUCCCUAUCGCGAAGGGAGAUUCAUAGAGAGGCGGCUGCGGUCAUCCUCGGAAGGAACCGCAGGGAGUAGCCGGAUGAUUGUGAAACCCAAAGAUGGAAAUGCAGAAGAAGUUCAUAGUUUGAGAAAGCAAAGAACGGGCUCCUCAUCUUCAAAAAUGAACAGCAUGGAUGUUUUGAAUAAUUUGGGAUCUUGUGAACUAGAUGAAGACGAUCUAAUGCUUGAUCUAGAAUUUUUAGAAGAACAGAAUCUUCAUCCCUCAGUUUGCCGGGAGGAUUCAUACCAUUCUGUAGUCUCGUGUGCCGCUGUAGUUCUCACUCCUAAGGAGCCAACAUUAGAAAUAAGGAAGAGAGAAGAUUCAAAACUUCCAGAGCCUUGCAAACCGAAUCUUUCCUUGAAAUUAACAAGAGAUGUUGAUCAGGAAGCCAGGUGUUCCCAUCUCAGCCGAAUGCCCAGCAGUCCAUCUACAGAUUGGCCACUCCAGGGUGUGGAAGAAAAUGGAGGCAUAGAUUCUCUGCCAUUCAGACUGAUGUUACAGGACUGCACAGCAGUCAAGACAUUACUGUUAAAGAUGAAGAGAGUUCUACAAGAGAGUGCAGAUAUGAGCCCAGCAAGCAGCACCACUUCACUUCCUGUUAGUCCUCUCACUGAAGAGCCAGUGCCUUUCAAGGAUAUAAUGAAAGAUGAAUGCUCGAUGCUGAAGUUGCAGCUGAAAGAGAAGGAUGAGCUCAUCUUUCAACUUCAGGAGGAGCUGGAAAAAGUCCAGCAUUUACAGAAGGCAUUUGCUUCAAGAGUAGAUAAAUCCACACAGACUGAACUUCUAGGCUAUGAUGGUUUAAACUUGAAAAGACUGGAGGCAGUGCAAGGAGGGAGAGAGGUUACCUAUCGAAAUCGAGUUGUGAGCCAAAGCCUCAGCACAAGGGACAGAAAAGCAAUGCAUACUCCCACCGAGGACCGUUUUAGAUACUCAGCGGCCGACCAGAGCAGCCCCUACAAAAGCAAAGCCUGUCAGCUCUCAAGUGUAUGUCUCAGUAAUUUCUUGAAGGACAAGGAACUGGCUGAUGUUAUCAAACACUCAAGAGGCUCUUACGAUACCCUCCCGUCAGAGGUCGCACAGAACUUACGGGCCACCGGUGGGCAGAGCCCUCUGAAGCCGACAGCGAAGACGGAAGGGCUCGCCUCGCUCUUAGAGAAACCCAAGGACCCAACCGCUGGGGCCCGCCAGCAUUCCAGCUUUACAGGCAGGUUUGGCCAGCCUCCAAGAGGGCCGAUCUCUUUACACAUGUACAGCAGGAACAAUGUGUUCCUCCACCACACUUUACACACUGCUGAGCUGCAGACUCUGGGCCAGCAAGAUGGGUAAUGAAAUCGCCCAACCUGUCUCUUGGUGGGAUAAAGAUGGUUGGUGUUUCUCGUGCAUAGUUCAUAUUUAAACCGUCAUGUACUUUUUAUUGCCUUUCAGUUUUAGUCAUAAACAGAUCAGUGAAUUUUUUUGUUUGUUAAAGACUGAAGGUUCGAGCAUGUUAAUUGAAUUAAGUUGAACUGCCUUGAGGAUUUUACUGUAAUAUGUAUAAAUAAUGGGACCAUCUUGCUGGUUUAUAUAUUCCAUAAUUCACUUAUCUUUUAUCUCCAUCACUGAUAGGCAUUGAGGUUUCAGAAGAUAAUAAUAUUAAAUAGGCUCUGUUCAUUCUGUUAAUGGUGUUAGGUAGAAAUAGAUCAGAGGAAUAAAUAGAUAAAAGGAUUGUAAAGAAGUUUAAAUUAUAUAGUCAUUAGAAGGAAGAAAAUAAGAGAGAUUUAAAAGUCUUAUAUUUGCAGGUAUAUGUGUUUGAGGUUGGAGCUUGCUUGCAUGUAAACUAGAGAUACAUUUGUCUCUCUAUUACAUACACGCAGGCUUACCUUAUGGUACUACAAAAGGGAAAGGCUUCUUUAAAAAAAAUCCUUUAAACGUUUAGUUCGCACUAGUACACGAAGGAUUUCAGACAGAGUAAUUGCUAGCCAAAUAGAGAAUGACAGCUCUGAUCUUUGAAAAACUUUGCUUUUAGUUUUUCUAUUAAUGUUAAAGUACCACGACAUAGCACUGUGAGGUGGUAAAGUCAGCUGAAUCUCAUCAUAUGGUGCAUAAAGCAUGACAUGGUACACUCCUUGAGUCACUGUCAUGGCAACAUCAGCCUAUUUUUAAAAUAGGAUAUUCUAAGAAAAAUAUUCUUUUACUUCAGUUUAUAUUUUUACAACGUUCAUUUAUUUUUUUACAAUUAUGUACAUCAAAUUUUACUUCAUAUACAUCAACCCAUAUUUAUAACUUUAUGAACUGAAGAGCAGAAGGUCAAUCUUUUGGUCAUUAUUAUAUAAUACUCUGAUUACGCAGUCAUCAAGAUUUAGAACACACAGCAAAAUAAAUGCAUUUGUAAACACUGGCGAUUCGAUUUCAGAAAGAAGUCUCUAAUAGUAAUAUUUACAACUCAUUUGAAGGUGAAUAUCUUGUGUUGUAUAUGUAAGCACACAUGAGCUAGGUCAAUAAAUCAAAAUAAAAUAACUUCUUUAUGUUUAGUUAAUAAGAGAACAUUAUGAAUGAGUAGAAAUAAAUGCACAAAUAAAUAAUUUUGAAAGGCUUGGUAGGGAAUAAUGGCUGCAGUUUUCCUACACAAAGAUCAAAGCUGGUAUCUAUACUCACUGUAGGCAUAGUCCACAAAAAUUGAAACUGUCAUUCCUACUGCAUGAUCUGUUUCCCUUGUAUUCUCUGACAGAAAACACUGGCAUGUACAAAUGAGAUGAAUAAAGGGAAAUUGGAUAGCAGUUCUAGCAUGGCACUUGACUACCUUGCUUAAAUUAAAGCUUUGUACAAAAUGCAUCUACUAAUGUAAAAUGUAAAAUGUUUUUCAGCUGUAUGCUUUGGAGAAAAGCACCUCCUCCCAACUUUACUCAUUGAACUUUGAUAAAUUUUCAAACUUUGGUAGAAUUGAUAGAGUAAGGAGUCUUAGUGGAUAUAUUGUAUUCGUAAUUUUGAUUUUCCAAAAGGAAAACACAUGUGCAUCAAGAUAAAUGGUUGCCAAAUGUUUUCUUUCUUUGUGUGUUUGUAAUUCUGCCAAAAGAGAACAAUACGUGCUGCAAUUUGCCCAACUUAAUGAGACUGCUAUCUCAAAACCCCAUCAUAGGAGCUAUAAUAUUCAUGCAGAUAUACAUUUGGGGCUCAUCAAUAUUUAAGAUGCUAGAAGAAAAAAAAGAUUAUUAAUUGUGAAAUUUAAUUUGAUUUGUCCUGAAAGUUGGUGUGCGUUGCUAGAGUAUUUUAAAUUUGUAAAUAAAUAAGCAUGACAAAAUAAUCAAGGAUUUUUUCCCAGGAUAUGGAAAAACUAUGUAUCACAAAUAAUGUUUUUAAUUUGGACUUUUGGAGUUUAUAGUUUUUUUUUCCUGGAAGAUAGACUUUUGAAUUAUACUUUGUAAAAAAUAAUCUAUUUAAGAAAAUCUGUCAUUUAAUAGACAUUUUAAGAGAUGUUUUAAACACUAGUAUUUUCUUGAAAAAUCUUUUUUAAAGCUGAAACAUUCAAAAAGAAAACCUGGUAAACCGUUCAAUUUUAAAAGGAGGGGUAUUUUUUUGGAAAUAUCAUCUUAAAGCUGUUUUGUAUCAGUAUUUUCAGCAUUGUUAUAAUAUUAUUUGUAAUACUAAGUGUAACUCAGGCCUGGAGAAGGUGUAAGCCCACGAUGCUGAUGUACAUCAGUAACUGUGAAGCAGGGGCCCUUGUGUGCUCCUUUUAUGUGUCUACAGUAACUCAUAACAGUGGCAUAUGGGCAUUCUUUCAAUGAAUUGAUUUCUUUGUACUAAAAUCUCUAGUUUUCUAAGACAGUUCCAUGUAUAAAAAUGAUUUCUACAUUUCUCCAAGGCGGUACAUAUCCAAAGACAUGACACCAGGGGGAAAAAGUGCUUGUUUUUCUGGCGGAAGCGGUGGUCUUUUCCUUUCCUUCCUCUUUCUGUGCAUGUGAAUGUGUAGCUAACCUGAGUAACUCUGUAAAGUGUCUGCUGCAAAUUGUCUCUUCUGAAUUCAGAAUGUGUUUUAAAGGACAAUUAAGAAGAGAUAUUCCUUGAUCCACCUGAAAUAAACUGUUCUCAUUUUUUAACUGUUGGAACAUGAAGCGGUA